GGAGACGUCAUUGCAGGGUUGUUUGUGCAACCUCGGCUGAGGCAGUGACCCACAGUGAUUCGACCGCCGCGCCGGGGGGUGGGGGGGCUGCGCGGGACUCCUUUUUUUCAGACUGACCGUGGGGCAGCUGGGGAGCAUGUCGACCCCGGCCCGGAGGAGACUUAUGCGGGAUUUCAAGCGAUUGCAAGAGGACCCACCUGUGGGUGUCAGUGGCGCACCAUCUGAAAACAACAUCAUGCAGUGGAAUGCAGUUAUAUUUGGACCAGAAGGGACACCCUUUGAAGAUGGUACUUUUAAACUAGUAAUAGAAUUUUCUGAAGAAUAUCCAAAUAAACCGCCAACUGUUAGGUUUUUAUCCAAAAUGUUUCAUCCAAAUGUGUAUGCUGAUGGUAGCAUAUGUUUAGAUAUCCUUCAGAAUAGAUGGAGUCCAACAUACGAUGUAUCUUCUAUCUUAACAUCAAUUCAGUCUCUGCUGGAUGAACCAAAUCCAAAUAGUCCAGCCAAUAGCCAGGCAGCACAGCUUUAUCAGGAAAACAAACGAGAAUAUGAGAAAAGAGUUUCGGCCAUUGUUGAACAAAGCUGGAAUGAUUCAUAAUAGACAACUGGUCUGUUAAUCUUUUUCAUCAUUGUUGUGUAUAAUUUACCUCUCAGUAGAAAGGCUAACAAAUUUUAAGUGCCACAGGUUUUAAGGAUUCUGCAGAAAAAAAAACCUUCGGUUUAGAACCUACAAAAGCUUGUGUAUCUUGAUUAAUGUACUUUUUAUUGCAUGGUGUGAACUAAGUUAUUGCUUACAUAAAUUUGUAAUAUAUCCUGUUUGUAUUUUUUUCCAAGUGUAUAACGUUGGUGUGGAGUUUUCAUGACAGAAUAUACACAUUUUGUAAAUCUGUACUUUUUUCAAAUAUUGAAUGCCUUAUUUUUGAAUUCUUUAGAUUUUUAAAUUGGAGAAAAGCACUUAAAGUUUUUUAUAUAUGAAUAUUACAUGUAAAGCUGUUAAAAUACAUAACUUCAGUGCAAGAGACUUUGUCACUUAUUUCCUUAUCUGAGUAGGAGGGGUUAAUAAGUCUCUAGCUCUCCAUCAAUUGAUAGUUUCAUUUCUAAUUUCAAAAGAACAGAUUUAUAUUUUAUCAAGAAAUUCUUCAAAUUUGAUUCUAAACACCAAUUAUAAUCUCAAACUUUAUUUUGAAUGUACCUAUAUUAUUUUCAGUUGAGCAAUUAUAGACAUAACUGGUUUGAUUCUGUCCAACUCUGUAUUUAGGCCACUUGUUACUGUUUCUUCAUGCACUACUUACUGUUAAACUCUACCUUUUGGGAUUUCACAAUUUGCACCUCCACCACGAGGAAUUGGCACCUCUACCAUGAGCAGAGAGCUGAUGCAACUUAUUUUGCUGCUUGAUAGCACUUUAAAAGAUUUUUGAUGAUGAAAAAAAGUAAACUGUCAACAUUUACCAAAAACUCAUGCCCCACUAUUAACAAUAAAUAAGAACUUGUUGCAUUGGUUUGAACAAGGCAGAUAUUUGGAGGGAACCUUGGUGUAAUUUAAAUAUUUGAAAACUGCCUUUUAAUGCAAUUGCCUAUCUUUUUAUUCUGGAAAAAUGUUUUAACACCAGGGCCUGCUGAGUUGCUUUCUCUUGUGGAGAUUUUUUUUUUUUAAUCUCCUAAGUUGUAUAAAAUUUGUACUGCAUUUUCAUUUACUGGAUAAACAAAACACAAUAUUGAAGAAAGCUAAUAACAAAGCUAUCCUAUGCCUUCAAAUAGUAUAGAAAAUGGAAAAUAUACAAGUAAAUUCUGUUGAACCA